GAGGAAGAGGGAGCAAAGAAUGCUGUCCCCCCUGCUUCUGAGAGUUCUGCCGAGGAUCUGCACUUCCCCAGCGGCCACAACUCACCACGUGGAGAAGACAAGCCGGAUCCAGUGCCCAGGCCCAUUCAUUCCGAGGUAGCCGAAAACACCACGGCGAGCGACGCCGUGCCAGAAAUGGAAAGGCUGCCGAUCAGGACUACUGAGCAAGAAGCAGAGGACACUGAGGAGGCUGACUUGGAUGCGAUGAUCCCUUUCAGUGCCCGUGAGAAGGUGCAGAGGCAGAUCUCGCCUCAUCUCCAGGUGGUGGAGCAGCCGCAGGUGCCAAUUGCUCAUGGCAAGGGCAACCAGGCUGCCAGAUCGCCUGAGGACUCGAGCAGUUCGCUGGGCUUCGCCUCGCCUGAAGUACCACAGGAGGCCAGCGCUGGGAGCUUCAGCUUCGGUGAUCAAGGUCAAAACGGUCUUGGUGUCCUCGGCGAGGCCAGCCCCCUGGAUGAAAGGCCAGCCAGAGGCGAUUUCAGCACUGGUGCCUCUUCUACGAGCAAGGUGUCUGCUCCGGUGCCGGUGGCUGCUGCUGCGGCUACAAUUGAGCGACAAGGAGGUGUGCCAGCUGCCAGAAAGACACCGGGAAUUCUGCGGGACUUAGGCCUUGAUGAGUCCUCCGAUGACACGCCAAAGACGGACACCAAGGAGGCAGCACAGCCGCCAUCGACCUCCCCCGCAGCCUCCACCCCGGCUUCGGUGGCGUCGCCUGCUUUUUCCAAGGCCGCUCCCAAGCGCAGCAACCCGCUCGCGCGGGGCAGCGCAGGACGCGGAAACCUCCUCCAGGGCUCCGGCUCUGGUGACUUCCUGGGCGGGGGUAUGCCAGGUCUUGGUCUGCCUGGCAGAGAUGCCGGCUCUGGCGCCUUGUCGUCAUUGGCAGCCCUGCGCCCGAAGUCCAAAGCGAGGCCGAAGAUCGGCUCGCUGCCCGGCGGUCCCAUCGACUGGAGCCAAAGGGAGGACUUCAGAUGA